AAAAUAUGAGACUGCAGACAACUUGGCACCAAACAUUUCCCUACUAUAUUGUUUUGAUGGCCCGGCAGACACGCUGAGUUGUCUACAGUGAUCCAGACCAGAAAGGAGAUCUUCAGAGUCCAGUCUCUUGCUUAAAAAGGGGCUAUAGAACAAUCUUUCUGUAGGCAAACGCACAAGUAGGAGACUUCAGAUGAAGACUGUGGGUGACUGCUUUUUACAUCAUUAAUAAAAGGUAUCAGCCAUGUCUGAAGAUAUGGGGUGGCUGGACCUGCCCGAUAACUGGACCUAUGGAGUGAUGAGCGACGGGAGAGUUUUUUUCAUUAAUGAUGAAAAAGAGAUCACACAGUGGCCUCAUCCACAAUCAGGAAACACUCUUCAGACUGGACACAUAAACAGCAGUGAUUUGCCUCGUGGCUGGGAAUAUGGCUUCACACCACAGGGAUCAGAGUAUUAUAUCAACCACAAUGAACGUUUCACAACCCUUUUGCACCCAGUGACUGGAGAAAUCCCAAGGGAAAUUGGACAUCAAGGGUCUGACAUGAGUGCUGAGGCUGGAGGGAAGCGUUCGACGAGUUUAUCCAACGAAAGCACUUCAUUUACUAUGGUUUCUGAUGCCUCUCCGGAUGGGCCCAGCAUCAGGCCCUCCAGACCUUCCAAGAAAGGCAUUGCAUUUGGAAAACGUUCCAACUCCAUGAAGAGGAAUCCGAAUGCCGAGGUCAUAAAGACUGGCUGGUUGUACAAACAGGCCAGCUCUGGAGUAAAGCAGUGGAACAAGCGUUGGUUUGUCCUGGUUGACCGUUGCCUCUUUUAUUAUAAAGAUGACAAGGAGGAAGGGGUUUUGGGUAGCAUCCCCCUACUUAGUUUCCGCAUCUCCCCAGUCCAGCCCUCGGACAACAUCAGCCGUAAGCACACCUUUAAGGUGACAGUAUGCUGGGUGGGGGAUGUCUCUCUUCAUAAUGCAGCCACUGUCUCUCGGCAGGCAGAGCAUGCUGGCAUCCGGACCUAUUACUUUAGUGCAGACAGCAAGGAGGAGCAAGAGUCCUGGGUGCGAGUAAUGGGAGAGGCAUCACAAAUGGAAAACCAAUCCACUCCUAGGUUGGAGAGGCAAGACAGUGAGAAUAUACCACCUCUUAAGGAUCGAGGACCAGACACCCGUAGCCGAGGUGAGGGUGAUGGGAGAGGGUCUGAGAAGUUGGAAAGGAGACCAGAAUGCAGGAAGGAGCCACUGACUAAAAUCAAUGGAACAGGGGCUUCUACUGAAAGGCCUCUUGACUUAGAGCCCCCAAGACAUCUGCCUGAGUGUGAGCGUCCUCCACAAGCCAAUGGAUGGGGUUUUCUUCCCUCUCCGGGACGACAAACAAGUGCUGCCUUCCCGGAUGGUAAUGGACAGCGGCGUGCGAUUCAGCCCAGGACCCACCCAGAGAAGGUAGCACAGCGACAGAACUCCAUGUCUCAGCUUCAGCAUUGGGUCAAUCUCCGCAGGGCAGCAGCUCCCACAGAAGAAAUGCAAAGCCCCAGCAGGUACUACCCAGGAUCACACAGAGUACCAGACUAUUAUUCUCAAUACCCUUCUCAAUACCCUGACAGCUAUCAGUACUACACCCCUACAAGUUCAAGGCCAGACAGCAUCUGCUCCAUGCCGGCCUUUGACAGAGGUAUUCCCCCCUGGGGUGUUGAAGAGAAGCGGCAGACCAUACGCAAUGGAGCCCCCUAUCACCCCAUGGACUGGAAGGAACCAUCAGGAUAUGGGCGAUCAGCAGAGAUGUGGGGCCCUCGUCCAGCUUUAUAUUACCAGGAAACAGACGCAGCAUGUGAUUCUCUACGGCGCUUAUCUUUGCAGCCCAGAUCUCGCUCAGUACCUCGCUCUCCAAGUCAGGGUACAUACAGCACCCGUCCAAGGGUCUACUCUCCUGUGCGCUCCCCCAGUGCCAGGUUUGAGAAUGUGACACGAGAUGAGAAUUUUGGCGAACCGGUUGCAUAUACUAUGAGACGUUCAAUCAGCUCUCCAAAAUAUGACAACUUGGGUGACCGACGGCCGCUCCCAGCAGGAAUAUACUCCUACAACUACCCAGCAUCUCCUCCUCUUCACGACAAGAUGGAAGAGAUGUUAGAUCUGCAGUUACAGAGGCAUCUUGAUUUUUUGGAUCAGCAGAUGAGUGAGAGUGAGACUCUGAUCAGCAUGGUGAACAAUAUGGUACACUCUUCUCCCCGGGCACAGAUCUUCAUGCAAGUUUCCCCUUAUGCAGAUCCAUACCGGGAGGCUUUGCAAAGCUACAAAAUCAACGAACAGGAUACUGAUAAACUUCUGGGUCGUCUUUGUGAACAGCACAAAGUAGUAAGGGAGCAGGACCGGUUAGUGCAGCAGCUGAAAGCAGAAAAGGAAAGCCUGGAGAGUGCACUGAUGGGAACUCACCAGGAGAUGGAGAUGUUUGGGAACCAGACAGCAUUUCCAGACAAGCUGCUUCUCCGUAAGGAAUCACUGCAGAACCAGCUGAUCAGCAUUCGCGUGGAGUUGUCGCAGGCGACCACGGCAUUAAAUAAUAGCAGCCUGGAAUAUGAAGCUCUGGAGGGAGAAGUAUCUGCGUUGCAUGAUGCUUUGUGGGAGCAGCUUAAUCUUAAUAUACAGAAUGAGUUGAUGAACAGACACAUCCAGAGAGAAAUUUGGAGGAUCCAGGAUGUGAUGGAAGGACUGAGAAAAAAUAAUCCAUCCAGAGGAACUGAUACAGCCAAGCACAGAGUAGUCGCAGGUCCUUCCGCUACCUUCAGCUCUAACAGUCCAGCAAGUCCCCUGAGCUCUGCCAGCAUGACCAGUCCCCUCAGCCCUUUCUCCCUCAUCUCAGGAUCUCAAGGCUCACCUACCAAGCAGACAACUAGUGAGGAUUCGGGCCCUCCUCGGCCCCCUCUCCCUCUUUCGUACACUCCCUUGGACUCUCCUCCAGCUGUCCCUCCACCCCCUGGGGAGGGCCGUUUCCAGCCGUGGCCUUACCCUAUCUCCCCCUGCUGGCCACACAGUGAGAUGAAGCAGAGCUUGGAACCAUAUAAUAGGGAAUCCCCUCAGCAUCCCUCUUUCCUCCCCACUGAAACAGUCAGCUCGCUUCAGCAAAAGACAGACUUAGAGCAGCAACAGAUGCAUCUACAAGGCAUCAACAAAGUAGGCAUUGUGCCUCCACGGACAAAGUCACCCAGUGAGGAAGGGAUGGCUAUAAAAACAUCGGUUGUGAGAAGAGGAGGGAGCCAGGCACCCAAUGGACUUGGCUCACGAGAGCGCCCAAAGAGUGCACUUUUUCCCAGUGAGGUAAAGUCAAAGAUGAGUGUUGAGGAGCAAAUUGAUCGCAUGAAGCGCCAUCAGAGUGGGUCAAUGAAGGAGAAGAGGCGGAGCCUGCAACUUCCAGCCAAUCAGCAGACAGAAUCCAGCAGUACCAAACCAGCAGGAUCAUACAGGGUGGUACGGAGGCAUCGCAGUAUCCAUGAAGUGGACAUCUCCGACCUAGAAGCUGCAGUGCGGUCACAGGAGUCCCAGAGGACAUAUGAAUCCCCUCGAGAGGAGAUUGCCAGAUUGCGCAAAAUGGACAUGGAACCACAGGCCUAUAAUAUGGACAUCAACAGAGAGCUCUCCACCCCAGACAAAGUCUUAAUUCCGGAGCGCUACAUUGAAAUGGAGCCAGAGAGCCCCCUAAGCCCAGAGGAGCAACAGGAAAAGCAAAGGAAAGUCGAACGGAUAAAGUCAUUAAUCGCCAAAUCCAGCUUGCAGAAUGUUAUUCCUUUGAGUGAUUCUGAGCUGGAGCUGCCUGCAGAUCCCGAAUCACAGCUUCAUGAGCAAGAAAAGCGAAUCGAGUUGUCUUGCACACUAGCAGCAGAAGCUUCACGCCGUGGCCGUCUUCUCUCUGCUCUGUGCGCCACCCCGAGCCCCCCUACGUCACCCACGUCCCCAGCUCCUCAGACCCUCCCCUCCUCUCCUGAGCGUUCGACCCUGGGGGGCGGCAGCAGUGGCAGUGACAGCGCUGGGGAAUACGGGGCGAACAUCAUGUGUGUCUGAGCAGCAAUCGCAGGCAGCCACAGCUGCAAAGCUAUACAGAACCUAGCUUAAAUAGAAUCACUCCUCUUGAUGCCAGAAGUGUGUUCUUUUUAAACUAGACACACCGAGAGCCUGGAAUUUGUCCUAGAGGAGAACAGGCACGUGGAGUGGAGUGACAUGUGAGCAUCACCAUUGGAAUUUGUGAGAAAUAUCCAAUUUUGACCUCCAAAUUACCUUGUGGAAUGUGGAUUCUAUAUCCAGACAACGCAAA